AUGUCAGAAGUUGAAGAUUACAACACACAGAAGCCUGUUAAAACAAGCAAGCAGCAUAAUAUAUUACCAAUAUGGGGUAAUGAACAGACUAUGAAUUUGAACCCUUUAAUAUUAGCCAAUAUUCAAGGUUCUAGCUACUUCAAAGUGCAUCUGUUCAAGUUGAAGACAUACCAUGAGGUGGUCGAUGAGAUCUACUAUCAGGUGAAGCACCUGGAGCCGUGGGAGCGCGGGAGUCGCAAGACGGCGGGGCAGACUGGCAUGUGUGGCGGCGUUAGAGGUGUAGGUGCAGGAGGUAUUGUGUCUACUGCAUUUUGCCUCCUCUACAAGCUGUACACACUACGGCUGACCAGGAAGCAAGUAAAUGGCUUACUGCAACACACUGAUUCUCCAUACAUCAGAGCACUUGGGUUUAUGUACAUCCGGUACACCCAGCCUCCAGCAGAUCUCUUUGAUUGGUACGCAGACUACUUAGAUGAUGAAGAAGAGGUGGACCCACGUGCCGGUGGUGGAGGCUCCACGACCAUGGGAGCCCUUGUCCGACAGAUGCUUAUCAAAUUAGACUGGUUCAGCACACUGUUUCCGAGAAUACCAGUUCCUAUACAGAAGCAGAUUGAGCAGAAACUAGCAGAGCACAACAGACAAAGCAACGCAGCAAAACCCGCUGCUAACUAUCGCAGUGGUAAUAGCAACGCUAACAGCAAUUACAACACGGGGCGAAUGGACUCGGACCGACGCGAACACGACGAUAGGGAUAGACGUGAUUAUGGGGAUGGAGACAGACAUGGCAGAGAUAGGCCUCCCAGACGCGAUGACAGAGAUAGAGAAAGGGAAAGGGACCGCGAGCGCGAGCGUGACCGUGAACGGGACCGAGACAGGCGCGAUCGUGAUCGCGAUCUCAACCGUGAUCGCCAUCGAGAGCGAUCACGUUCGAGAGACCGCCACCAAGACAAAGCCCGUGACAGACAUCGUCAGAGAUCACGCUCAAGAGACCGACGCUAUAGAUAAUACCAUGAGAAUUUAAAACAUCCAUUAAAUUGUUUACAAAGUGUAUUUGACAAUUAAUUAAAUUUAGUAAUAAUGUUAA